CUGUUGGUACUGGCUGAUCCGCUAGCUGUAGAGCCAGAAGGAGUGCCUCAGUCCGAUUCGCUCUCGCUACCGGUCCUCUAUCUGGAUACUAAUGGCUCGAUCGUGCCCAAAGAGCCGCGUAUUCCGGCUACACUGAUGCUGCUCGACCCGCUGCCACUGCCGGGCGGUGCCGCGACUGCCAACGUGUCGAACCUCGUGCCGAGCGCUGUGUACGAAGCGUCGAUCGAACGGCGUGGGCAGACGUCGAUUCACUUUCCCAAGCGCCAGCUGCUAAUGCACACUGAGCUCCAUGGCGUAGUCCUGCUCGGCCUGCCGGCCACCCACAAGUGGGUCUUGCACGGGCCGUGGGUCGAUCGCACCCAUGUCCGCAACGCCUUCACCUACGCUCUUGUCCGGACCGCCUUUGGCCGCUACGCGCCGCUCACCACCUUUGCCGAGCUCUUUCUCGACCAGGCCGCCGAGCCGGUCCUCAACAUGGAGACCAACUACAUGGGAGUUUACACGAUUGUCCAGAAGAUCUCCACCGCCUCGGCCUCGCUCGACAUCUCCAAGUCGCACGGGAUGGUGCUCAAGUUUGGCGUCGCUGGCGACGACGACGUUGCGGUUGACGUCAUCAAUGACGCCGGCGUCAACGUCUCGUGCGUCAUCGAGCACCCCGACGUCGAAGACCUCACCGCUGCCCGCUUUGACGACAUCGCAGAGACUGUUCGCGCUGUCUCCCGCGAGCUGGCAGCGUGCAACACCUCGCUCCCCUGCAACUACGCUCCGCUCAUCGACGUCGCCUCGUUUGUCGACUUUGUCAUUGUCCAGGAGCUCUCCAAGAACAUCGACGCCUACCGCAAGUCGUUCUUCCUCCACAAGGACACCCACGACAAGUUGACCGCAGGCCCUGUCUGGGACUUUAACAUUGCUUGGGGCAAGUCCAACUUUCUGGACGGCGACACCGUCGACGGCUUUGUCUUUGCCAACCCGGACAUGCUUGCCGAGGACCCGUCGCCGCCGUUUUGGAUCUCGGCCCUGCUGGCUGACCCGGCCUUUGCCUGCGCGUUGCGCUUCCGCUAUGUGCUGCUGCGCCAAGGCCCGCUCGGAGAUGCCCCGCUCGUUGCCCUGUUCAACGCAACGCUCGCCGCCAUCCCCCCUUCCGCCUUUGCCCGCAACUUUGAGCGCUGGCCGCUCCUCGGCCACUGGAUCUGGCCCGACCCCUACGGCCGCUCACCCGAGUCGGUCGCCCAGGCCGCCGACUGGACCAUCGACUUUAUCCUCGCUCGCGCUGCCUGGCUCGAUGCUGCGCUCCCUGCGCUUGGCCCGGCCGUCUGCCCGCCCCGCCCACCGCCUACCGCCACGUUGGCCAGCGACGCACCUGCUGCUCUGGUCACAGGCGGCCACGUCCAAGUUCAAUUCUCCACCGGCAUGGACACGGCCGCAGUCGAGGCCUCUCUUCGCAUUAUGCGCGACGGCGAUACAGAAUCCGGCUCUGGCCUGGCCUGGCGCGCCUCGUGGCGCGACUCAGUGACCGCCACGUCUGGCACACUCCACAUCGGCGGCCUCGACGAACACUCCGAGGCAUCGACGUGGGCAACCGUCAAGGCGCUCGUGCUGGUGAGCGUUCUCGUGGUCUGCGGGCUCCUCGCCUGGCGCCGGUGGUACGCGGCUCCGUUUGCGCUCAUCACAGACAUCUCGGUCGAUCUGGAGCGCCGCGGCAUGCUCGAUGCAAGCGGAACGGGUGUUAUUGUGGGAGAGAGAGGGUUCGACGAGGGACGAGGGAGCUCGGACGACGGCGACGACGGCAUCCGCCUUCUUCCGCUCUGAGAAGGCGUCAGAGUGUAGCGAUUGUCGCUGCGCCGGGGUAGUCGGGCAGCGCAAGCUUGUGCUUGGCGGCCACGUCCGGCGGGACAAAGCGGCCGCCGAUGAUGUGCGUCCCGUCAAAGUGCAGUGCACAGAGCUUGGGCAGCGUGAGCGAGACGAGGACCGCCGGCGAAAGGCCGACGCCGUUGACGUCGCCGGCAUCAACGUCCCAACCCGACGGCACGUCGACUGAGACCACCGGCUUGUCACACCUGGCCAUCGCCGCCACCACUGC